GCUGUAUUUUGCAAAAAGUGCUGAAAUAACAGGAGUUCGUUCGGAGACCAUUUCUGUGCCACAACAGAUAAAAGCAUUGCAACUGUGGAAGGAGAUCGAAAGUCGACAUCCUGGAUUGGCUGAUGUCAGAAAUCAAGUGAUAUUUGCUGUUCGUCAAGAAUAUGUCGAGCUUGGAGAUCAACUCCUCCAGCUCCAAUCCGGAGAUGAAAUUGCCAUUAUCCCCCCCAUUAGUGGAGGAUAGUGCUUUUGAGCUACCUGGGAAAAAUACAAAUGAAAUUGAAGAGACAGCUAAAGAUAUAAUAAAAUUCACUGCUGAGAAGCUUUCAAUUGAUGAAAUUUCACAGUUGGUGACUUCUCCACUCUGUGGUGCAAUAUCUCUAUUUGUAGGCACUACAAGAAAUAAUUUUGAAGGGAAAAAAGUCAUUAGCUUAGAAUAUGAAGCAUAUCUACCAAUGGCAGAAAACGAAGUCAGGAAAAUUUGUAGUGACAUUCGGCAGAAAUGGCCAAUCAGGCACAUAGCAGUGUUCCAUAGACUUGGCUUGGUCCCUGUGUCAGAAGCCAGCAUUAUAAUUGCUGUGUCCUCAGCCCAUAGGGCUGCAUCCCUGGAAGCUGUAAGCUAUGCCAUUGACAAUUUAAAAGCCCAGGUGCCUAUAUGGAAAAAGGAAAUGUAUGAAGAGUCAUCAUCAUCUUGGAAAAGAAACAAAGAAUGCUUUUGGGGAACUAACGAUUAAAUCACAUAUCUUCAGAGCACUCAGUUUUAAAUGUGGUAGACUUUUAUCUCCGGUCACAUUUUGAAUUUCUUUCCCUACAGUUUUGUUUACUGAAGCACAAUAUCUUGUUUGUCACACCGGGACAAAAGGGAGGAAAAAAAAAGGCAAAAGAAGUCAGUGUGCACCAUGAGGGCUUAUCUAAGAACUAGAUACAGAGGAAGGGCUCUAGAGAAGAAAUGGGAUAAUUUCAAUGUGAGGAAAAAUGCCUGUGGUUGACCUACCAUUCCAUGGCUGAGUUCGGAUUGUAAUUUGGCUCACAUUGACGUGUGACCCCUCAUCGCUGACUGUUAACUAUCUCAGAGAGAGCCUUCCUCCCUCCUGUCCCUCCUCCCCUCACAUUCAGUGAUAUUGUUGUUAUCAGGGGUACAUGACAUGAAUGUUGGCAGAGCUGAAUGGUAUAAAAAUCUGUUAUUAGAAAGUCUCAAUCUGAUGUAUUUUUUAGAACUUAUAUAUUUAAAGUAUUAACUGAGAUGAAAUAAUCCCAUGAUAUGAUAUAAAAAAAUUAAAAACUAUAUUUUUCGUGUUUUUUUUUUUCAUUAAUAAUACCUAAGGUAUUUUAUAAUACGGACGUUUCUAGUAUUUCCCAGUCUAUGCUCUUACCUUACUUUUUGCAUUUUAUUAGCUAUUAAUAUUGUAUCAGUGUAAAGCUUAGGAUAAAAAUUUAAAACCGGGCAAAUUAACAACAUAGUUUGUGUUCGAAUGGUGUUAAUGUUUAAAAUUUGAUCCACAACCAAUUAAAAAGGAAAAUGAUACCAUUUAUUAAAGCAUUCUCAGAUACUCUGGUUUUUAGUUGCUUAUACAGCCUCAUUUGUGAAGCCAUUAAUAAUCAGUUUUCUACGAGACCUUUAUACCGAACAAUAUCCAGUUGCUGCUUGGUCAGCCUGUACCCUGUCCAGAUAGAUGUGAGUGUAUAAGUCGCACAUAGUUCUUAAAAUAAUAAAAUAUUGACAUACUUUGGGCAGUUGUCAUCAUUGCAUAAUUUGCAGUACGCAUAUUGAGAAAAAAUACUACUUUCAGACACAGAUCGAGGCUUU